AUGACAAAACCUGAUGACUCAUUACAGCCUCCUGGCAUAGACCUCAGAGCUGCUCUCGUCUUGCUGCCGGUGCUGCUGCUGCUCAUGGUCCCCACGCCCUGGGGAUGGCAGCCGUUGUCAGGAAGGCUCGCCGCCAACAUAGGAAACUCACAGCGCAAGUUCAAAGUUCUGGAGGCUCGCUUCCAGUUCCGCUACGUCACACUUAGCGAGACUGGGGGCGUGGGAGAUGCCAGCGGUGGGGGCAGCAAAGUCCCUCCCCCCACUGAGGGUGGGACCAUCAGCCGCACCAGCUCCACCAGGAGUAGCCUGCGCAAGGUGCUGCCUCCCGUACCUGACUUCGACCAGCAGUUGUCCAUGGCCAGCAAGAUGAUCGACCAGCGCACUUGUACACCGAAGGGCAACCAUGCCUACAGUCCUCACUACUUCGAGAACAUCUUGCUGGCCGAGUAUCAACUGUUGCAGAAAGAGCGGGUACAAGGCGUUUAUGUUAUACCUUCCGCCAAAAGCCCCUUGGUGUGGUUCGGUGUGGUGUUCGUGCGUCAGGGAGACUACCAGGAAGGAAUAUUUCGCUUCACGCUGCACAUUCCUGAGAAUUUCCCCGACGGCGCUGUACCGAGAAUAUUAUUCGAGACGCCGGUGUUCCACCCGCUGGUGUCACCAGACACAGGCGAGAUGGACGUGGCGCGAGGCUUCAACUACAAGUGGCGUCGCUGCAGCAACUUCCUCUUCCACCUGCUGCUCUACAUGCGCCGCGCCUUCCUCAAGAUAGAGACUUCCAAGCCCCUGAACCCCGAGGCCGCCGUGCUGUACGAAAGCGACCCUGAAUUGUUCCAGCGCCGGGUGCGGGCGUGCGUGAGCGCUAGCCUGCAGAGCGUUUACGACCCGCCGGCGGCCGCGGACUACGACGCGCACGCCAUCAUAUUCUCACAGUUUGACCCCAUCGUCCACGAGCCCAUCAGGAAGCAGCUUAAAACUCCUCGGCCUCUCAAGACGAGCGCGGAAGAAAGCAUCGGCGUUGGGCUGUCGUGGGUCAAGCCUGACACCAUGCAGAUCUUCUCUCAGCAGCCCAGCACCUCCUGACCCUGCCCUACGCCAUAGCCGUCUCAGCCCUACGUCCCAGCACGUCCUGACCCAGCCCUACGCCUUAGCCGCCGCAGCCCUACGCCCCUGCACGUCCUGCUCCAACUAUACGCCCUGGCGACCUCUGCCCUACGACCCAGCACGUCCUGACCCAGCCCUACGUCAUAGCCGUCUCAGCCUUACGCCCCUGCACGUCCUGACACAGCCCUACGCCCCUGCUGCCUCUUUCGGGGUGCUUUAUUCCAGCAAGGCUCGUCGCUCUUUUCUACUUACAGCUUUUAAUUUAUUCCUGUUGAGCAACAGAUCAUUUAUUCUCCAGUCAGACGCUAGUGAUGUUGACGUUCGUACGUUGUUACUAACUUAGAUGAGUGCGCACGCGCAAUUGCAAAUGUUAACUACUAAUUUUGCGUAGAUGUGUAGUCCAGAACUUCAAAGCUAGAACAUUAUAUAUAAUCUUACGAAAUAAUCAGAUUUAUUUAAUCAAACGCAUUCACUUAUUUUACAAACAAACAGACAUAACAUUACAACCGUGAAUAUUUUAUAAUUAUUUUCAUAAGUAGCCGGUGACAAAUGUAUGGCAGAGCUUCGCCACUCAGCAGAGCCUAUGAACAUAUCUAAUUCGUACAAUUUCCUUAGGAUAAUUCCGCGCCUUCUGAGCGAACAUCUAACGUCACUUUGAAUGUGUAGUAUAAAAAAUAGGGUUUUUAUUUUUUUCAACAUUUAUAGUGUACAUAUUUCGUCAGUAUACUGCCGAAACAUGGUUUUUCUUUUUUAAUCUCUAUUUAGACCUUCUUUUUUGCUCUGAAAAUAGGCUUCUGAUUUUCACGUGUGAGCAAAGAAAUGCUUCUCGAUUUUUUUACUAAGCUAUGUCAAUUAUGCGAAGCAUAAGCCAACUUUUAAAUCUAGGUACAUUUUAGGACGACUGAUCGAAAGAUUUUUUUUUUUAUAUUAUAGGUGCCAAUUAUUGCUUUUCUCUAGUGUAGUUAAUGAUGAACUUACGAAUAAUUCCAUCAGGUUUUUAUGACGAGUCGAUUUUUAUGAAUUGUCAAGACGCAUCCGUAGAACAGAGCCAUUUUAAAAAACUAAGUAUUGUGAGUUCUUUGUGUGGCAAAUGACUUCAGGGGCCAUACUUUCAAAACUCGCUAAGUGAACAUAAGUAU